CCCCGCUCUGCUCCUUGUCUGCAGAUCAAAGGAGAUGCUGGGAGCUGCUGCCAGUUCGCAGCGCCUGGGCAAGGGAGCGGCCCGCGGGUGGUGACUCCGCAACCGGACCGGACCCUACUGCGGCGGCCCCCCGCGCUCAGCCUGGCACCUCCGCUCCCCGCGGCGCCUGCCCCGGCCCCGCCAGCCGGCUGAUUUGCUCCCUCUGAGAGAAGCUGCCCACCCUCGCCGCCCAGGAUGCAGUUUCGCCUCUUCUCCUUUGCCUUGCUCGUCCUGAACUGUAUGGAUUACAGCCACUGCCAAGCCAGCCGCUGGAGACGCAGCAAGAGAGCUAGCUAUGGACCAAAUCCAAUUUGCAAAGGUUGUUUGUCUUGCUCAAAGGAUAAUGGGUGCAUCAGAUGCCAGCAUAAAUUGUUUUUCUUUCUUCGACGAGAAGGAAUGAGGCAAUAUGGAGAAUGCUUGCAUUCUUGCCCAUCAGGGUACUAUGGACUCCGAGCGCCAGAUAUGAACAGAUGUUCAAGAUGCAGAAUAGAAAACUGCGACUCUUGCUUUAGCAGAGACUUUUGCACCAAAUGCAAAGCUGGCUUUUACUUACACAGAGGCCGUUGUUUUGGAGAAUGCCCGGAUGGAUUUGCAUCCUUAGAGGAAACUAUGGAAUGCGUGGAAGGCUGUGAAGUGGGUCCCUGGAGUGAAUGGGGAACUUGCAGCAGAAAUAACAAAACCUGUGGAUUUAAAUGGGGUUUGGAAACAAGAACAAGGCAAAUUGUGAAAAAGCCGGCAAAGGACACAAUACCUUGCCCAACCAUUGCAGAGUCCAGAAGAUGUAAAAUGGCUGUGAGGCACUGUCCAGGAGGAAGGAGGACAGCAAAAACAAAGGACAAGAGAAAGAAGAAAAAGAAUUUAAUGGAAAGGGCUCAGAAGCAGCACCACAUCUUCCUAGCUACAGAUAGAGCUAGCCAGUAAAGACUUUUUUGUUUGUUAUAUAUAUAUAUUU